AGGAGCCUCACGUCACAUGAAGAACAAACACACAACAGAUCCACUGCUGCUGCUGGACUCUGGUCCUCACUCCGAACCUGAUCCGGAAUGAUCUGGUCCUCACUCCGAACCUGAUCCUGAAUGAUCUGGUCCUCACUCCGAACCUGAUCCUGAAUGAUCUGGUCCUCACUCCGAACCUGAUCCGGAAUGAUCUGGUCCUCACUCCGAACCUGAUCCGGAAUGAUCUGGUCCUCACUCCGAACCUGAUCCGGAAUGAUCUGGUCCUCACUCCGAACCUGAUCCGGAGUCUGACUUUGUUGAAUCUUUUAUUUUGUCCGGAAACACUUUGACUCCAGAUUUCUGCACAAAGACGCUGGUUUCUCCUCGGUUCCAGCCAUGGAGGGAGACUGUCUCAGCUGCAUGAAGUACCUGAUGUUCAUCUUCAACUUCUUCAUCUUUCUGGGCGGCUCCUUCCUGCUGGGCGUGGGGGUCUGGGUGCUGCUGGACCCGCUGGGCUUCAGGGAGAUCGUGGCGGCCAACCCGCUGUUGUUCACGGGCGUGUACGUGGUCCUGGCCUCGGGCGGCGUGCUGUUCCUGCUCGGCUUCCUGGGCUGCUGCGGCGCCAUCAGAGAGAACCGACUCCUCCUGCUCUCUUUCUUCAUGCUCAUCCUCUUCAUCUUCCUGGCAGAGCUGGCCGCCGCCAUCUUGGCGUUUCUCUUCAGGGAACACUUAACCAGAGAGUAUUUCAGCAGGGAGUUGAAGCGUCACUAUCAAGGCCACAACAGCAGUGACGUGUUCACGUCCACGUGGAACGCCGUCAUGACCACGUUCGACUGCUGUGGGGUCAACGGUCCCGAGGACUUUGAGGACAGUCUCUUCAGGCUCCUCAGCCCCAGGACCAUGGUUCCUGAGGCCUGUUGCCAGAGCAACGGUUUCCCUGGAGACGUGAGCGUGGAGCAGUGCGUGAGCGGCAGCGCCACCUUCAGACGCAACAAGGGCUGUUACUCAGCGACGGUGGAUUACUUUGAGACGCUCCUCUUCUCAGCCGGAGCUCUGCUCAUCGUGGUGCUGACCAUCGAAAUCUUUGCCAUGGUGUUUGCGAUGUGUCUCUUCAGAGGAAUCCAGUGACGUCGUCUCGGAGGAAAACAAACGUAUUUGAGCAGGGACAGUUUGACAGUUUGACAGUUUGACAGUUUGACAGUUUCGUGAGUCGUUGGUUUUGUGGCAUCAUUUGGUUUCUCCCAGCAGCGGGGGGGCACGAGGACGCAGGAAGUGAACCUGAGUCCAGAGCGACGGGGAACCACCGCGAGUCGAGGCUCGACUUGAGACCUGCAAACACACAUCUCACUGCACAGAUUCAGGUCGUGAACACACGACCUCAGACGAGUCCGGGACGUGGAGAUUGAGUCCGACCGGUUUCACAGCUGGAGUCUGUGACGCGUGAAACCGUCAAACUCAGCUUAUUAUCAACAGCCGUCAUGUUUGCGAUGUCACAGGCUCGUGAACUCGGUCGUUCAGGAACUCCUCCAGAGAAUUUCUACACAUUUGACACAAACGUUCACUUACACUCGACAAACUGAGGAACUGAUGUGAAGGUCGAGGAUCAAGGUCAAGGUUGACAUGUCCCCUCACAUGUGAGUCCGAUGUGAAACGGACGUAAACUUUAACUUCGAUAACGACGAAGCAGGAAUCUGUUUUCUCUGAGGUUUUUAUUAUAUUAACUAAAGUCUUUAAAAUCUUUUAACUCACAACUCAACAGAAAUCACUGACUUCAGUGUAGGUUCACUUUAUUUUGUUAGAUUUAAUAAAUUAAUGCCAACAAAUGAUUAAAUAUGAAAAUCUGUCAGUGGACAAGUUUCUUUUACAAAAACUGGAACUAGAUUAUUAACGAUGGAUCCUUUUUUACAGAAGAUGAUGUUAAACUAUAAUUUCACUACAAUUCACUUAUUACAGAAAAUUAACAUCUUAAAAUAUUAAGAGAGUUUCUCUUCAAAUGUUAAUCAUUGAAAAAAGUUGAAUUAUAUUUUUUCCUCUCUGAAUAUUACGACAUUUCUCUCAAGUAUUCAGAUUUUUAGCUCAAUUCAAUUUCAAUGUUUUUUAAGAACUAUGACAGAAGUUUGACCAAAUUCAGGCUGAGAAGUUUCCUCUGGUUCAACAUUUGACUGAUUUACUUUUAAUACAUUUUAUUUCUUGUCAUUUUUCAGUGCCCUAUUAAAAUUAAGAAUUCACUCAGUCUGUGAUUCUUAGUUUUCAGUGUUUCAAGUAAAAUCUGUUUACGAGUAAAUGUCAACGUGAAAACUUCUUUAAAGUAAAGUGUUCAGACGUGUGGAUCCUGCACGAGGCUCAUUUUCAUUCAAACAGUUGAUAAAUAACUUUUAUGAUUCUCGUAAGUUUGUACAUUUAUGUAAAGUUCUGUGUAAAGUCGUAAGUUUGUCGCCUGCACAUGAGACUGUGCGACUUUUCACUGUGAUUUGAAAUAAGUAAAUGAACAUUUUGUGUGUGAAUGUUUGAAAACUUCAAACUUGUAUAAAUGUCACUGAUCAACACUGAAGUGAUUUCUGUGAUGUAUUUUUUAAUCUUUAUCAAUAUAUAUUUAUAUUGUCUGUGUCAAAGGUAAAGAAUUAGAAAACUACUGGGACGAUUUCCUCGUGGAUGAUGAGACCAAGACAAACUCAGAUCUGAUUCAAUAAUCCAGAGAACGUUGAGAAAGAGUUCCGACGUGUAGAAUGUGAUCAGAUGAGGAUUUGGAGAUAUGAAGUGUCCUAGUUAUUGAUGUUCUUAGUUUGUGAUCCAGUAAAAUUAAUCCUCACAGGUUCACUGACCACUUUAUAAUAAUAAAAGUUAUUUUUCCUUCCUGUCAUGAAUAAAAGCUUCUUUUUAAAUUGAUAAAAUACAGUAAAUAUUGUUCUUUCAUGUCCCUUUAAUAAUAAUAAAAA